GCGACAAGGCGCCAUUUCACUGCGGAGUUGUUUAGUGGUGUUUCGGUGGAAGUGCAGCGUCAACGGAGGUGGAAAAAAAUAGGACCGUAAUAACACUCCGCCUUCAGCCCGAUGGAAGCAGCCGUCAACCCGCAUCACGACAGCUCUCUGGUCGGGUUGUCCAGUGGCGGGAUGGACCAACACAGUAGUUCGGGCAAACGCAUUCGCAAGCCUUCAUUGCUGUAUGAGGACUUUGAGAGCCCGUCUCUGCCACACACAAUGCCCCAGGGUCCUCCCGUCCCACCACAGCCCCCGGUGAAGGAUCCCAGCCGACCAGGCCGCAUGACCAACCAGCUCCAGUUUCUCCAGAGGACACUAAUGAAGCUACUGUGGAGGCAUCACUUUGCCUGGCCCUUCCAUGAGCCUGUGGAUGCCUACAGGCUUAACCUACCAGAUUACCAUAAAAUUAUCAAACAACCCAUGGACAUGGGAACCAUCAAAAAGCGCCUGGAGAACAACUUCUACCGCAGUGCGAGUGAGUGCAUACAGGACUUCAACACCAUGUUUACAAACUGCUACAUCUACAACAAGCCGACAGACGACGUUGUGCUGAUGGCGCAGUCCUUAGAGAAGAUCUUCCUCCAAAAGGUGGCCCAGAUGCCGCAGGAAGAAGUUGAGCUGCCUCCUCCAGCUCCUCGAAACAAGAACAGCAGGGGGAGAGGUCGCAAAUCCAGCUCGAGGGCUCAGCAGGUGCCAGCAGUGUCCCAGUCAGCCUACUCCCCGUCCUCCUCUGACACUGGGGAGUCCAUGCUGGCCAACUCUCCCCAGACUGUGCUGACCAAAAGCCUGCCUCCAGCCAACAUCAUGGGCCUGCCUCCUACACAGCCCACAACCAAGAAAAAGGGUGUAAAACGUAAGGCAGACACCACCACCCCCUCCACCAUGGGCUUGACUGUGGGCAUGUCGGGAGCAACACACAUGGUGGGCCUGGGCAAAGGAGGCCACGGGGGCCAGGUCCACGACACCUCAAUGCACACCAUCUCCUCCAUGGGGGGCAUGAGCUUAGACACCCCACCUGGGAUGGGCCUGGUGAGGAGCCCUGGAGGUCCAGUCUUGCUGCAGCCAAUGAUGGCAGGCAGCGGACGCAGAGUGGGCAGCGGACGCCCCAUUAAACCCCCCAAGAAGGACUUGCCUGAUUCUGUCCAGAUUCAGCCCUCGAGGAAGGGCAAACUAAGCCCUCAGCUGAGGUACUGCAGUGGGCUGCUGAAGGAAAUGUUGUCAAAGAAACAUGCUGCGUACGCCUGGCCUUUCUACACACCUGUGGACGCAGCUGCACUGGCACUUCAUGACUAUCAUGACAUCAUCAAGUGUCCCAUGGACCUCAGCACCAUCAAGAGGAAGAUGGACUGUCGUGAGUACAGGGACGCUCAACAGUUUGCUAGCGAUGUCAGACUCAUGUUCUCCAACUGCUACAAGUACAACCCACCUGACCAUGAUGUUGUGGCCAUGGCACGGAAGCUGCAGGAUGUGUUUGAGUUCCGCUUUGCCAAGAUGCCCGACGAACCACAUAUGGACCACACAGCCAUGUCAAUUAGUGGCCAUCCAACAUCCUCAUCCUCCUCUUCUUCCUCCUCCUCGUCCUCGUCUUCCUCUACCUCCGAGAGUGAGCCCAGCAGUGAGAGUGAAGAGAGUGAGAGCAGCCCCAACUCAGACAGCGAGGAAGAGCGAGCGCAUCGCCUGGCUGAGUUACAGGACCAGGUGUGCACACAACUCCGAGCCAUGCACGAGCAGCUGGCUGCCCUCUCCCAAGGCCCCAUCAUCAAGCCCAAGAAGAAGAAAGAGAAGAAGGACAAAAAGGAGAAGAAGAAAAAGAAGAAGCUGGAGAAGCGAAGUCGAGCUGUCAGAAGCAGAGCUGGCUCUGAGGAAUGGAAAAUGCCCGGCAAGAUCCUGAAAACAAAGUCUGCCAAAGCAGGUGGCUCCCAGCCCAAGAAGGGACAGGGAAAGAAGAGUAACAAGAACAGCAAGGCCGCAAAGAAGCCCUUCUACCCCCCACCACCCACUUCCAUGCUGCCGCACUACGACUCUGAGGAAGAGGAGGAGAUUGUGCCCAUGUCAUACGACGAGAAGCGCCAGCUGAGCCUGGACAUCAACAAGCUGCCGGGGGAGAAGCUGGGUCGCGUGGUCCACAUCAUUCAGUCCAGGGAGCCUUCACUGAGGGACACCAACCCUGAGGAGAUUGAGAUCGACUUUGAAACACUCAAGCCAUCGACACUGAAGGAGCUGGAGCGCUACGUCAUGACCUGUCUGAGGAAGAAGCCUCGUAAGCCAUACGGUGAACAAGGUGCAGCAGGAAAGAAAGGCAGUGUUGGCAAGUCUAAAGAGGAGCUGACUCUGGAGAAGAGGAGGGAGCUGGAGAGGAGGCUGCAAGAUGUCAGUGGGCAACUUAAUUCUGUCAAGAAACCUACGAAACCUAAAGUGGAGAAGCCCAGUGCUGUAGAGACUCACACCCAGCCCUCACGCCUCAGCGGCAGCAGCUCCAGCUCCGACUCCUCUUCCUCCUCCUCCUCCUCCUCGUCCUCGGACACCAGUGAUUCAGACUCUGGUUGAGAUCCUUCAGCACUGGCUAAGAGAGAAAACACUAAUAACUCAGGGACUUGGGCUGGCCCAGGACACAACACACCCUGAAACAGUAGUGGGCUGAGAUAUUAGAUACCAUGGUGAAAAAACACUCCAAGCGGACUCGUAAAAUGUUCUGAAUGUGGGACUGAGGGAUGCGAAACAACGUCUCUGUGGAUAAUAGUAGAACCCAAACACUAAAUGCCUUGGUUUCACCCUCCUCCCCCUUUGUAAAUACUUGUACAAAUUUAUGUUUCUUUUAUAAAGAAGAAUUUUAUGGUGAUCCCCCAAAGAGGGAAGCGGAGUAAUAAGAAAGGAUGUAGAAAAAAAAAAUGGGCCUUGCUCCAAAUCUGCUUCGGCUGGCCUCAAGCUAUGUCCGCGGUGAUGAAGGAAUGGGAGAGUGUUUAUUUAUUUGUUUUCCUCACCCCCAUUUCCUCAGACAUGACUGGAAUUUGAACCAGCAACCUUUUAGGUCACAAGCCUUGCUUUUCUAACAUCUGGCUUUCUGCCACACUUAAUUUUUAGAUCGACCCCUAGAUUGUUCAGAACGGUUAGAAUAUUUGGAUAAAUACGAUAUUGUUGAGGAGCUCUAAGAUUCCUUGUCAUGCUCACAGGUUAAACCUCUGGUGUCUGCUGUUUUCAGGUCAGAAGCUUAAGUCGGCUCCAGUUUGAGUUCUGGAUCAUUCCUCUUUGAGGUUUACACACAUUGCUCUUGCAGUAGUUUUUCGAAAACAAAGUGGAUUCAAAGUACAGUAUAGAAAUGUCUUAACAUACUGUAAUUACAAAGUUACGCAAUAUACGUAACAUACUCACUCAGUUUGUAUUGAUUUUAACAGCUGCACUAUUCUCCUAAAAGCCCACCAGCCACUUUAAGAUAGUCCAGUCUCAUAAACAUGACACUAAUGAAAGUACAGCUCUUUCCUGUUCAACUUGUCCUUGAUAUUUCUCUUCAUUACAUCAAAAUGUAACUGAAGUGUGCAUCUGUGUCACAGAGCUGAACACAGGCUGCUGAAUGUUCUCACAGCAGAGUGCAGGUCUCUGAUUUCCACAUUAAUCUCCUGAACAUGUGAAGUAUUGCAUUACUGUUUCUUAGAGACAUCUGUAGCACUUAGAAACUCAGUGAAGGUUUCUUUAAGAAGUCUUUCAGCCGCUCGGCACUUACUGGAACAAAUAGCGUUGACUGGAUAACUACAAGUUUCCCAUGAACAAAGAAAGUCCUCAUAGCUCCAUGCAUAGUUGAAGCUGUUGUUGAAUGUUCAGUGAAAGAAUAUAUGCUUGUAUAUACUUAAACUGUAUUUGCUGUUGCACAGACUAUUGUAUUUCUGCUGUUCAGUCUUUCUUUUCUGUUUUCUUGUUUCCUUAUUUUUUUUUACACGCUGUUAAUUCUCAUUCCAGUUGACUGUCUUAGUUGUUUCCUGAAGAGCGUUCUCAUGAGCAUCGCUGCCUCCGGUCAAGCAGGUUGUCGCCUCUCAGAAGCAUAACUUUCAUUUGACAAGUGUGUUUAUUAAAAUAUUCUCUUCUGUA